AUGACGGACCAGGAUGUUCCUAACUUCCAUUUACAGGAAGAAAAAAUUUCAUGUUGGACAUGCCUUCGACGUCAAUUGGAUGAAUGGUGCUGUUAUAAAUCUGGUCACGAUGACGUCUAUAUUAACAUUAUGGAAGGGGGAAAAUAUCCAUUCUCGGGAAUGCCAUAUUAUUCUAUGCCCAUGCUAUCAGAUUCGACUAUACAGCAGGCUUUAGAUGUAGGCACCUGUAAACCUGGAUAUUAUAGCACUACUUACCAGAUAACAAUUAGCGAUGUCACAUACGCAUUUAAGAAAUGGAACCCGCAGGAAAGCACAGUACCUCGCUGUCUGCAAAGAUUGAUAAUAUUGAAGAACAUUAUCGAUGGAUUAGCUUUUCUUCAUGAUUGCCAAUUGGUCCAUAAUAAUUUAACCAGAAGUACAUUUCCUAUCCCUUGCCAUGUUGGAAAGAUAGGAUAUAGCUGUCAGGAUGCUCUAGCUGGAAUAAUUCGUAAAUCCAAUGAUAUAUACAGCUUUGGGGCAAUUUGUUUAGAAAUAACUUCCGGACUGCAAGUGUUUGAAAAAGGCAGACGUCCACCAUUGCUGAAGGAUUACUUGAUUAGUUCCAGAAAUCAAAACUGGAAAAUGUUGAAGGAUAAGAGAAUAUCGUGGAAAAUGCAAUGUACAAAGUCUACGUUCUGCCGACCAAGGAAAAAAAUAUUAGAGUUAGCAGUAGUUUGUUUAUCCGAUAUAGUAAGGCAAAGACCUGCUGUCAUUCAAGUGCAGGAAAGGCUUGAAGCAUUGAUCGUCAAGAGUGUUAAUGAAUCAUCCAAGUUGGAAAAAUAUGUACCAGUUUAA